AUGGAUCAGGCUCAUCCCGCCUCUGCGGGUGGUCUACCACCCACGGGGCCACCACCUCCGCCGAAGCCGGUGCUGGACCCGAGCCGUGUUUAUGGCAAACAGCAGGCACCCAAUUUACGCGAAGCUUUCGAUGAAUACUACCCCAAUGGCCUUCCUGUUUUCUAUAAGAUGCUUCAGACACCCAACUCCCAAGGCGUUCCCCAGACUUACCUCGAAGACUAUCUUCCCGUGGGAUUCUACACGAACCCUCGGAUUGAAGCUGGGGCCAUCUUCUCUACUAAGAACCGAACACAGCCGUUCCGUCCUAUGGAUCAUGUGAUGCCUCAACGUCGCAUCCAUCUCUGGAGCGGUGACGAUAUCCAAUCAGUUUGUAACUCGCUGCGCAGGCUCUACUGGGAUUCCAUGAAAUACAUGCAAAAGCCCACCUGCUGGGAUGACCUGUGGUCUUACUUCGAUACCUUCGACAUUUACCAUUACGGAGCCAUCAACCUCUGGAAUGUGUUGAAUCAUCUCUACGAUGAGAAUCAAAUAAUCGCCUUCGAUGUGAACAAGCGUGUCGCCUACGAAGUCGGCAUGUGGCUUGACGAGUGGUUGUGCAAGGAGCACAACGACCAGAAGCACAACGGCCAGAAGCUUGAACAGUGGGACACUACCCAAUCUACCAUCUCAAUUUUCACCAAGGAAGACUGGAAUGAAAUCGGCAAUUGCGAUGCAAGUCAACUGGCCAUUCUUGAAAAUGCCCUGAAACAUCGUUACUUUUUGAUGAAGUCUCCUGAAAAAUUAAGGUUGGGUGCCAACGCGAAGCCAAAGCAUCUUAUGGAAUCUUACGCCAACGAUAAUCCUGAGAACUGGCUUGCUGCUCAACGUAUUUUUGAACCUUCAGGCCUUCCGCCACCACCAGCCGCGGAACCUCAUCGCUGUUCGCCAACCUCCAGAAAAGCUUCCGCACCUGUUCUUGUGCAGAAUGGCAAACAUUUCUAUCAACCGCCACCUGUACAGCGUCCACCCAAUGCAGUGGAGGCCUUGCAGCAAUCCGCCGCUGCAGGGCCGGCCCCUGACAGCAACAGUGAGAGGGUCUCAACGAAACAAACUGACAAAGGUGAUCCUGUGGCUCGAGAAACUCUUCGUGUAUCACCUAAGAUCAGGCCCAAGUCUACGGAGCCUUUCCCCUCCUAUGUUGUGCCCUCACCACAGAAUAAUGAAGAAGAUGGCCAAGCAACCGACUCAUCAACGGCUGGAAAGGAGAUGCUAACUCAGAAAGAUGGCCUACCAGAGAGGCCUGAUGCACAGACUCCGACAAAAUCUAAGCGACGAGGCCGCGGUAAUCCCGGGGCAACUCGAGAAGCUGGCAGAUCACCCGUGACGGCAUCGCUGCCAUCAUCAGCUGUCAUGGAAUUCUCAAACCUGGCUACUCCCGAAAGGCCAACCAAUGGCGAUGAACAGCAGACUGGCUUCGGCUCUUCUAUCGAUAACCCAGCAGCUGAGGACGCCAGGUCAUUUGGUAAGCGAGGAGACACAGAAUCACGAAUUGGUGUUUUCAAAGAACCUGAGAAGCAGAAGCGACCAAGUCGGUCUCUUGCUCACUCCAGUACCCAGGAGCAUAAUGACUUACAAUUUCUUGGUGAUGUGGGUAGCUUCAACCACUUGCAAAGACCAGCUCAGAACCUUCAAGCAAGUCUCGUGCCCGGUGCUCUCGCAGAAGGAACGAUCCAGCUAAACAAUACAAAUAACCCUCUGGGGAUUACCUUUCAACCUCCUGGACCUUUCAACCCCGACACUCAAGGGGGCUAUCCUGUCCCCGAGCCGACCACUGGUGUCUCAAGUGGCUUUGGCUACCGACAUGCAAGCAUGCAGCAGCCACCUGUGCUUCAAAAGGGGUUCGCUCCCUACCGGAGCCGGAAUGCUACGAAUUCUUCCCGCCCAGAGCGUUUCGAGCCUAAUAACAACCGAUGGCCUCAUCACCACCAUGAGAACUUCACCAAUACAAACUCUGCCCACGGCCGUGGUGGUUAUCAACGUGGUGGGCGCAAAAGUGCGGGACGUCGUGGUGGCUAUAACCAGCGAAAUGCAACGGCACCAGUUACGCAACUUCAUUAUGGUUCUGAUUUUGCUCAGAAGCAGCGUGAUGGAGGCCUAUGGAGGAACAAAGGGCGCCGUGAAGGCUCGGACCCAGUCCAGGUAGUAUGCCAGAACGUUCAAGAUAACUAUACCAUCAAAGAUUAUGUUCAUUGCUCCUGCCAAAUGUGUGAGGCUCGCAACCGCUCUAUGCAUGUCGUUGCGGAAGCCCACCAGGACAUACCAGCAGCAGACCUGCAGUCACGAAUCAAGUCAGGUCUAUCUGAAAUAUACGGUUUCGUAGAAGGGGUGUUUCCACUGCCGUCCAAAGAGCCAGGCCGUUUCAUUGUCCGAUUUAGACGCCCCUCUUCUGUCGGGGCGGCGCUCACGAUUGGUGGUGGAAAGAUGCUUGAGCAAGGUCUAUCUCUUAUCUUCUCGCCAGCUUUGCGUUCCAAAUGGACACUCUCUGAAAAGGCACCGACUAGAGUACCCUCUGGCCAAAGCACGGGUCAGCACCCUUCCUCCUUGCCUUUCUCACCGUAUCCGUUCGGUCUGGUGAUGCCCGGCAAUGCUCAAAGUGCAGCAACAACCCACCAUACUCCGUCUGGGAUGCUUCAUCCAUCCGCGGCUAACCCAGCAAAUGCUCAAAUGUGGGAUAAGGGUGGUGUCCAGCACGAAUUUGCGACAGUCUCGCAGCCUUUUGUUGUGAAUAGAUCAUCUGCCCCUCACCAAUCGACGACAAACAUGACGCACUUUGUCCCACGCGUGCAUUGCUUGCCUCAGAAACAACCUAUUGUUGUAAACGAUACACAUCACGACAACGUUUCUAUAACCCCCCUCGAGCCACUACAAACAAAGCCACCUGCGGAGGAAGCGCUGGGUGACAUGAAUGAUCAGAAUCGACGUGAUCGUGACAGUCCGAGAAGUGACAGAAGCAAAACAGCUGGGGCUAAAGCUCGAGUUUCACUGCCCAAUACUCCCACUAAGGCUUCUAUUGGCCCUGAGGAACCGCCUGCAGCACAUUCGGAAGCCAUCGAGAAGAGCAUACAAAACCAGAACGGUACAGAAACUGAGUCUCGGCCUCAACCUUCUGAGCCAUCCUCUGCUAUGGCUACUCAUACUCGCGCACCCAGUGUCUUCACUGAAAACGAAAUCAAGGAGAGACGUCAAGCGUGGGCAAAGAUCCCUAUGCCACUGAACCCUCAGCGACCCAAGAACCUUAAACUAACCAACGCCAACAGUGGCACUGUCAAGAAUGAAGGCAACUCAGGGGCUUCAAAGGAUGAUAGGUGUGAAGCCUAUGCUAGUGGUUCUCAAAUGUCAACUCCGACUCAUACCGUGACGUUCACUCCUGAGAUUGGCAGCGUAUAUGAACAAUCUCCCGACGAACCAGUAUCUCCUCGGCCUGCGCAAAAGGAUCAUCCUUUGACCCAGUCCACUGGAUCGGUAGGACAAGAGACGGCGGCUUUGAAGAACGAUGACCGAAAUGAGCCAAUGUUAUCACAGACGGAUGCUACAUACUCUCCUACCGGCGGAGCUGCUCAACGACAUCUGCUAAAUCAAAUGAAGUUGUCCAUGCCCGUCGAGAAAGACGCUUCGCCGUCGGACAUACACGCGACGAAUCAACAACAAGAACACGCCCAGGGGACUCAGACAAAAGGAAAGGGAAAGGGCUCGAAACCUAAAUCGAAGUCGAAGAAAAAGAAGUCGUCGUCGAAACAGAAGACGGUUACUCAAGACAACGAUUCCAGCUCUCACAUUCCCCAAAACAAUUCUUUCUCGCCCGCUCAAUCUACCCAUGCAGCACCCGAAACCUAUAAAAAUGCUUCCAUACCAGCGCAUCUUGGUUCCCUAUUUAGACAAGCUUCAGAGAAUGAAUCUUUUGAUGUUUCCCCUACCAAACGACACCACGAAGAGCCUGAGCAACAGAAUUCUGCAUCUGGUUCUUUCAAGCGCACUAAGAAGCAAGGCGAUGAUCCAGAAGCUAGUGUUCAAUCGCAACUGCCCCCUUUCGAUGAAUUCGAUUCACCUGAUGAGGACGCACGUAUUCGCAAAGGAUUUCGAGUGGGUAAGGGAGGUUCGCUGCGCAUGGGCAAAACACGUCGACCUCGUCCCGUCAUGGUUGGGUCAGCACUUGCAGAGCAGUCGAAGAGCGUCGCGAUGUCACCACCCUCAUCUGACUUUGCUUUCCAAUGCCAAAACGCCAGCGUCUACGCUGAACCAUCAAGCUUACAUGGUCCCGACAAUAGUGCAACGAGUCGUCUAAACCCGAAAGCCCAGGAGUUUGUCUCGCCAUCUAGAGUGACACUCUUUAACGCGCAGGUACCUGCCGAGGAUGAAGUUCUCAAACGGCCUGCAUUAGAUGACGCAACUAACCGUAUCCGCAAGGCAGGCCAAAUCGACCAGGAAUCAUUGAAGCCGGAAAUUGGCAGCGUGGACGUAUCUCCUACUGAUGAUUCUAUGCCGUCUAUAACAGCCACCUCGACCUCGAAGCAUCGUCAAACUCAUUCAGAAGCAGCUUCGAAGGAGAACCACGCAAGCGACAAAGAAGCUGUGGGCAACACACAGGCAAAGACGCCAGCAAAGGGCCCCAAGCGAGCAAAAGGCAAAGAAAGAGCCGCUACAUUGAGCGCGAAGACAGAAAAGAAUGAGAGCGAGAAGGAGACGACCCGAAAUUCACCACGAACUCCUAAACAACAUAACAAGACCAAGAAGCCCGGUCUGAUCAACGACGAUUGGCCAUCUCUUCCAGUAUCUCGGGAUCGCGCCCUCUCAAAGCCGCAGACAACCCCCGUUUGGGGUACGAAGACGAAGACUGCUGAAGAAAAUGGCGAUGAAGACGAAAGCACCCCCGUUGCCAAAUGA